GAGGGAGCCAAGCUGUAUUUCUGUUUAAAUUAGCGUUUCAAAUAUUGGCGCCACUCUGUGAUUGAUGAACAUUUCGAUGUACCUUUUACACCGAUAACGCCCUUGAAUUUGCUGUUCACCAUAAGAUGUCCUCUGCAAUGGCAUUUUCUGUGUGUGUAGCUGUAUGUGGCCAAAACAAAGCAAAAGCUAAGCUUAGUAUAUGCAGCUAGCAUGUGCUUUUUGCCACUUCCAUUCAUUUCCCAGACAGAGAGAUGAAAGGAAAAGGGCAUUGCUGAUUUUCUUUAGUUUGACAAUGAUAUUACAUUUUUAAAGUUCCCUCAUAUAAACUACUUUUUUGUAAAUCACCAACCUUGUUAUCUGUAUUUUGACUAUAUAUUAACCUUUUUUUAAACAAUAUCUUAUUUUGCCCAUAUGUUGCAUAAAUUCUGUAAUGCAUUCAUAUAUAUUUAUAUCUUAAUAACUAAAAGUUAGAUCAUAGCAGUUUGAUGAAAGGUACAUUCAAAUAACUGCAAUGGAGUCCACCACAGUAGCAUCACUAGUAGCUGUUACCACAGCAACCUUAGUCACCAAAGCCGAUAUGUCUCCCUUUCUAUGGCUCUUGGUUUUGGGCUUCAUCAUUGCUUUUAUCUUGGCAUUUUCUGUGGGAGCCAAUGAUGUGGCUAACUCUUUUGGCACAGCAGUGGGCUCUGAAGUAGUCACACUGCGUCAAGCUUGCAUCCUUGCUACCAUAUUUGAAACAUUGGGUGCUAUCCUUCUGGGGGCAAAAGUCAGUGAGACCAUUCGAUCUGGCAUCAUUGACAUUCACAUGUACAAUGGCUCUGAGCCACUGCUAAUGGCUGGCUCCAUCAGUGCCAUGUUUGGGUCAGCUGUUUGGCAGUUGGUGGCUUCAUUUUUGAAGCUCCCUAUCUCUGGAACACAUUGUAUUGUUGGGGCCACUAUUGGUUUUUCCAUAGUUGCUAGGGGUUAUCAAGGGGUAAAAUGGCUGGAACUUCUCCAUAUUGUUUCUUCCUGGUUCCUCUCCCCUCUUCUGUCAGGCAUCAUGUCUGCCAUUCUUUUUUACUUUGUCCGAAAGUUUAUCCUAAAUAAGGAUGACCCAUUGCCCAAUGGUCUAAAAGCCCUUCCUGUAUUCUAUGCUGUUACCAUGGGAAUGAAUCUGUUCUCCAUUAUGUUCACUGGAGCACCAAUGCUGGGCUUCAACAGAAUACCGUGGUGGGGCACUCUCUUCAUUUCACUGGGUUGUUCUCUCCUGACUGCUCUGGUGGUAUGGUUUGUCGUGUGUCCUCGCUUAAAGAAGAAGAUGAAAAGUGUAAUUACACAUAAUCAUGGUGAUACAUCACUGGUUGAGAAGAGUACCCCCACAGAUGAACCAGUGGAACAUCAUAUAACACCUCAGUCCUACUUACCUCUUCCCUGCACACCUCCUGCUGAUAGGAAUGUGGCCUUUGACAUUGGGGGCUCAGAAGAAGGUGACCUUGAUACUAAGGUCUUUGACAGUAAAGGCCUGGAGUGCAGCAAUGUGCUAAAUGAAGGAAUAGUAAUUGCAGAGCUGCAUGGGAGUCAGUUCCAUACAGUGCACAAAGACUCUGGCAUCUACAAAGAUUUGUUGCUCAAGUUGCAUCUCACUAAGAUGGGUGAAUGCAUGGGUGAGAGUGACGAUAAACCCAUCCGCCGCAACAACAGCUACACAUCCUACACCAUGGCAAUCUAUGGUAUCCACGGAUUUAGAGAGACUGGAGAGAAACGGCGUUCACGCAUGGAUAGUUACAACAGCUACUGUACAGCAGUGUUAGAUGCUGCUGGUGUUGAUGCUCUAGCUGUAGAUUUGGGUGAUGGAGAGAGUGGAGAGGACCCUCUAGAGGAAGAGGAUGUGGAUGAGCUAGAGAUUGAUAAACCAGAGGUGUCAAUGCUCUUCCAGUUUCUGCAAAUUCUCACUGCAUGCUUUGGAUCUUUUGCUCAUGGGGGGAAUGAUGUCAGCAAUGCAAUAGGACCCUUAGUAGCUCUCUGGCUGGUGUAUGAAAGUGCCUCUGUAGCUUCUAAAGCCCCAACACCCCUCUGGCUACUCCUUUAUGGGGGAGUGGGUAUUUGCACUGGGCUGUGGGUUUGGGGCCGGAGAGUUAUACAAACUAUGGGCAAAGAUCUGACCCCCAUUACCCCUUCUAGUGGAUUCAGCAUUGAACUGGCCUCUGCUGUGACAGUAGUGAUUGCUUCCAACAUUGGUCUUCCAGUCAGCACCACUCAUUGCAAGGUUGGAUCUGUAGUGGCUGUGGGCUGGCUUCGCUCCAGGAAGUCUGUUGACUGGCAUUUGUUUCGGAAUAUUUUUAUUGCCUGGUUUGUGACUGUGCCAAUUUCUGGUCUUAUUAGUGCUGCCAUUAUGGCACUAUUCUAUUAUGCAUUUCUACCAGUAAACUAAAAGGUUCCCUAGAGCUGUUUUCAUUUAAAUGCUUUUAAGAAAUACUGUAUGUGCAAAAGAGGGCCUUUUUUCCAGAAAACUCUGGUUUUCAUUAUGACUAUAAAAUUUGUUUGAUGUGCAAUAUGUGAUUAGGUAGACAUAUUUGAUCUGUGAUUUAGAUAUUUAUUUUAUGUGCAUCAUUAUAUUUGAAUAGGGUUUUCUAGUAGAACUAUCUCCAUGACAAUGUAUAUCUAAUUUUCAUUAUAGCUAUAUGAUUCCUGACGUUUGAGAAUGUGUAUAUAUUCUUAUACAUUAAGUGCACUUAGGAGUUCCACACAUAAAAAUGUAUCCACAAACAAGUGAUUUAGGCCAUCAUAAGGCAGUGCUUUAUUUAUGAAUCUACGCUUGCAUGACAAUAAAAACUAAUGUUUGAAAA